AUGGAGAAAUACAGAGAUGACAACCUGAUGGCAGCAAUUACUGCAGCCCUGGACGGACAGGCAGUGUGUGAGGACAGAGAGAGGACAGGCGAGCGGGGAGAGACCGCGCGCAUUAAUAAGGUCUCCAUGAAGGAGGCGGGCGAUGGUCUCCAUGCACAGAUGAAUUCCAUGAUGGGGGCACUGCAGGAACUCAAGCUUUUGCAGAUGCAGACUGCCUUGGGGCAGCUGGAUAUCUCAGGCAGGCACAGCCAGGCGCCCCCAGCAUCACAGCCACCGCUGCAGGUCUCCAACCGAGGCUCUGAGGAGCAGGGACCUCUGAAUGAUAGGAGGAUACCCAACCAGGUGGAGAAGAGGAUGUCCCAUCAUAGGAGCAGCCUGGAUGCAUCAUCCUUGUCCUCCUCCAGCCUGGAGAGAGGGGGCUAUCACCGAAGGAUCUCAGGGUACAGUGUACCCCAGGAGGACUACUGCGGCCCCCGCGUUUGCCCUCCCCCAGCAGCACCACACUGGUAUUCCAGUCCCCCCACGCAGAUCACAGACCUACCACGCAUCUUGCACAGCCUCUCCAGUGAGGGCCCUUCUCUGGACAGUGACUACUCACAGAAUAGCACCGACGACUCUGGUGACUGGACCACCUCGCUCAUGAGCCGCUGCCGCAAUCGCCAGCCCCUGGUCUUGGGAGACAACAUCUUUGCUGACCUAGUUGGUAACUGGUUGGACCUGCCCGAACUGGAGAAAGGUCCGUUGCAGACAGGUGAUGAGGAAGAGGCUGAACCCGCCCACCCAUUACGGCUCAGUCGCUCCCAAGAGAUCUGCCGAAGGUUUUCUCUCACCGCUAAUAUAUUCAAGAAGUUCCUGCGCAGCGUGCGGCCCGACAGGGACAAGUUGCUGCAGGAAAAGCCCGGCUGGAUGCCCUUGGAUGGACCCGAGGUUGAGCUUUUCAAGAGAUCCAAAAAAGCAGACAAACCCAAGAGUCCUUUCUACCUCCCUUUCCGAGUGGGCGGAUUGCCAAGCAAAGGCAGGCCUUGUCCUCGACCGACAGACGAGAGGGGCCUUUCGUCAGGAGUGCUCACAGACGGGCAGAGGACAGAGAUGGCGGAGAAAGCAACACCAGUGUUCGAUUACAACACAGCUGUCUGGGUCUAAUGGCUCGGGAUUAGUGUCUGCGUGAGGAUGGAGAAGAAAGGAUUUAUAAGGGAUUUUUCUCCACUGUGAGAUUCCCAAAGCAACUGUGACUGACAAUCGGUGAAACCUCAAUGUUUGUGAGAGCCAGCAGGGCUGCUUUCUGACAAACAAGAUUCCAGGGUCAAACUUACUUACCUUCGUUUGAAAUGUAUUUGCCAAAUCUGCCCAUGCACUAAUCUUAAGCCUUAUAUCAGAGUUUGAUGGCUUUUAUUUCUCCCUUCCUUGCCUUUCCUGCGCUCAUCACCUGCAAAAUAGUAACUCUUGGCACUAUGCAUGAAGCAUGGCCGUAUUCGCCUAGUCACAUAACAUCUUAAGAGCAUGCUGUGGUGGAAAGUUUUCAUUGUCGUUGGUUAAGCAGUGAAACGUCUGUUCGUAUCCAUCUGUUCCCCCCCACCAUGGAGCACAGUGCCAGACACGAUAUCAGCAGCGAUAAGGAGGGGUGGGGAGGCUGCAUCUGGGCCAAGAGUGGCCCUUCAGCGACGUCUGCCAGGCAUAGCGCUGAGUAGACCUGGCACGUCCCCUGCUCCGCCAGCAGCUCUCCUGAGUCGCAUUACGUACUGCGUCCUGGGGGGGGGGUCUCCGUCACCAUCUGCUUCCUCGCGAUUAUGUAAGGACCAUACUUACAGUGGUUUGCUGAGAAGCCAGGCUUUCUCAGUUUCCUGCAAGCCGUGCUGCUGGAAUCACCUGUACAUAUAUUUGUAGAGCAGAACCCACAGUUUGGUUGGGUAUGGUAAAAUCACAUACUCAUAUUAAUCUUUAUUCAUGUUCAUAUUAAUCAUAGUAUUGUAAUAUAGUUAUAAAACAGCCCUUACACCUUCAUUAUCUAUCUGCUUAUAGUAUAGAGCACUUACCUGCAUCAAUGUAGCUCCCAGAUGUAGCUCUCAGUAGAGGGUGCGUAUCGUAGAGCAUUAAUUUGUCUUCAUGCUUCUUCUAAAAAUGGCCGCCUGUCUUGUACAGAUAGCUCCACAAUUAAUCAUACUAAUUGAGCUGCAUUUCAUCUGAACACAAAACCAUUUAAGUAAUUAAAUGCUUUGGAUGGGUCUUUAUUUAAUGCAUACAGAGUAGCUAAACCAGAAUAUUUUUGUGUUUCUUGAGUAUCCAACCACAGAAAGUCCCCACUGUUAUCUUGCUAGGCAUACCAAAUUCGGGGAUUUGUACUGAUGUUUAUCCUUCAUAAGAAAAGUAAUUAGCAAAACACACCCACCUGCAAUCAGUCAGAACAAAAACAGCCGAUUGUGGAGCAGAGAUUAGAAUGCACAACUACUGACUAGAGAAAUACAGUAUGGUCGGAAUGGUUAAAGAACUCAACAUUUGUUAUCUCACUUACUGAAUCCAGAUAGAUUCCUCAGGGUCAAACCAUACGUUCUUUGCAACAAUAUACAAAACUGCAGUAGGUAGCAGGAGAAACACUUUUAAGCAAUUACUUCUAUGAAUGAAUACAUUUCCAGAACAGCAUGACAAAUGUGUUGAAGUCCAUCUUCUACUGUAAACCAGCCUACAGUCUAGUAUUGACAGCAAGAGAUUUCAGACUAAUUAUACAACAGAGUCUUACAACAAGGUUGAUCCCUCCUUGUGCCCUGUGCUUCCCCGGACACAUUUCAGAAAAUGCAAGUUGUGGAAAUGGACAGUUAGGUUUGACAUGUAAAGAAAAUUCCUUCUUUAGCAUUUAAAAUUAAUUAUUGUCAUGCUGUUUGGGGAAAACCAAAACACUUUGAGUCAUAAGAUGCUUUGCAUGUAAUUUGCAAGAGCACAUUUGUUAGUCAUUAAAGGUUUUGGGUACAAAAGCGAUCAGUGUGCAUGGUGUGAUGGAUGUGCAUCUCCACAGCCCAUUCUGAGAUCCAGUAACAGACAGGGGACAUAGCAACGGCAAUAUUUCUGUGCCAUCUGGUUUUGUAUUGUUCGGGGCUUAUCGACAUACCAAUCUACAAUAACCGCUCUAUCUCGAAAGGUUAAGAGAAAGUGCUCUGUCUCAUGGCUUGUGUUUCUGCAUGCGUUCUCAGCUUUGGGGUAGGGAAAAAUCUUGCGAUCUACGCAUAUCUGUCCUCAUAUCAACCCAAGCAAUGCCCAUCUGCCAAACAACUGGAACAAACGGAUUAAUUCAUUUUGCAGAGCAAAGGUGGAAAUUGUUUAUUUCAAAGGGAGUCAAAGACUUGAUGCUUUCCAAUGUAUGAAGCCCUUCAAAAAAUGUGUGAGUGUGUUUGUGAUUUUCUUUUCUUUUCUUGCAAUUCUAAUUGAAAUUGCAUCCUUUUGAUACCCAAGGUGCAGUAAGUCCAAAGACACAUUUUAAAGGUUCUUGUGCAGUUACCAAUUCUUUGUAAAUUAAAUCUGUUUCUUGCAAA